AUAGCCUCCGCUGGAUGAUUUGAAAGGCCUGUUUUGGUGAAGGGCAAUUGAUAGCGGAUGACAGACCGAGAGACAUGAGCAGGCAGAUGGAGAUGUGACAAACAGGCGGGUCAUGAGGGGAUAGAAGCCUUUUGGGCCCUGAGGGGAACAGGCCUCAGCGUUGACAUAUGCUAUGCAGUGAGAUGAAGAUUGGCAUGACCUGCUAAUGUGAGCUGUCACUGCCAAUGGCAGCCUCGAUGCUCACCUGUCACACUCUUCCAAGCCUAGAGGACGAGCUGCCACCAGGUUAGGUCAAAGAUUCAUUUUCUCUUGGGGGAGAAAUGCUGAUAUAAAGUGACACUGAGGAAUAAACUUCCAGCUAGCCCUGUUUUUUGCCUCCUCCUGAGUCUACACACCUGCUGGAAUAAAAGACCAAGACCUGCUCUAGUAGCUUUGGCUCAUUUACGAGGGAGGAAUCCAUACUGUGUAUUUACUUGGCUUCUCUGGUGUUUAUGCUGUCUGCAUUGUUAAAUGUGUCAAACUCCAUCACAGCUGAACCUUUCACUCCAACAUCUGGAAAGGGUCAGGAGCCCACGAGUAUCGCUGACCCUUUAGUGAUCAACGUUAACCAGAGCAUCAUCAUCAUCAGUUCCAUCAACAUCAGCACCACCAAAACAGAAACCAGCACCCCGACAGUUUCCAGUGAGGGGACAUCAGAGCGCCUCAGUGAGCUGACAUCUACGCCAGCAGCAGAAACAUCCUCCUCCCCAGCCACCCCGAACAAAACCACCAAAAACGAGACCUAUCAAGAGCUUGCCUGGGAUCCAACUUGGGAUCAAGCUUUCACAUAUGAUUAUUGGUCCCUGCAAGCGACUGGACUGUCCAUCGCUGGACUUCUUUUCCUGAUCGGCAUCAUGGUUGUCGGCUGUGGUAAGGUCUGUCGGCUUCCCAGGUGUCGCAAAAGGUCAUCAAAGUCAUAUAGUCUGGAGCAAAGAAAAGGAGAUAUAGCGUUAUGAACUUCAUCCUGUCUUGUUAUUAGUUGAAUUAGGUAGAAGGUUUUUUUUUCCAGACAAUGAAUUUAAUUUGUUGAAAAUGUCUUUGUCAACCUACAGUAAAAAAAAAUAUAUAUUUCCAUUUACUCGUCUUCAUAUAUGAGAGUCUGACUGGCAAUUUUGUACAAAGCAUUUCAAUUUCAUAUGCAAGUAAACCUGGAACAUUUUCAACAUGACAUCUUCAUGCUGGUUUGUAAAGGGCCUUUGAAUCUCUUCGUGGUUCGACGCUAAUGAAUAUAGCUCAGAGAUCCAUCCGGAGUGACUGGCACUUUACCUCGACAUUGCUAUGACAACAAAUACGAUGCGAAUGGGUGCGAGAGAAAAACAACACUAGUACAUUCCAAAAACAGAUCACACAAUCAACACAAUCAAUUCUGUUUACUGCUGGACAGCACGUUCUAAAUGAGGAAGUGAUAGAAUGUUUUUAACUCCUUUAUUAAAUGUUGUUUGUAGGAUUGUGUACUUAAAUUACUUGUUGGGGAAAAAAAACAUGGAAAUGUUCAUACAAAGUGACACAUACACAAGUAUAUAUAAAUAUGGACAAUUACCCUUUUACAAUAUGAGUAAAUAUUUCACACCAACCAAAUGCUUUCAACAAGAAGGGCGUUACAUGGACUAAAGCUAUAAUGCAAAUAUUAUGUUCUGAAUUUUGGACAUUAAAGAAAUUCAAGGCUCCAAUAUUGGACCGAGCUUAUGUAAUGGCAGCUAAAAUAAAAGUGAUUCAUGUGGAAUGAUGGGAGUUUGGCCAAAUGAUGUCUUGCCUGUUCUGCACAAGGCAAGACUUGCCUUUUCUACAGAAAAGCGUUCGAAGAGGAGUAUUUGUAUGUUGAAGCAAAUGAAAUGUGUUGAAUAUCAAUAACUCUAUUGUCCCUUUUGAAAUGCUGACACGGCGACAAAGUGCGGCAAGGUGUAAUGGGAAAGCACAACGGUAUCCUAUUUGUUUCCAAAGGCACAGUUUAAUUCCGUGUUGCCUUUCUCAGAGAGCUUCUCACUCCACGGCGAACAAAAACUGAAGAGGCGCGCCCCCCCGUCCAAUUCAACCUACAAAAA